AUGAAAGUACUUACAAAUUUGCCUCGGAUAAGUGGAGAUAAUGGGAAAACGACUGGAAACUGGAAAAAGGCUUUACUUUUUGGUACAUGGAACGUUCGCACUAUUUUUAAGACGGGAGUUACACAGGGUGUAGUAUCUGAAAUUGAGAAAAAUAGACUUAAAGUGGUGGCUCUACAGGAAAUUAGAUGGAGUGAUUCAGGAUCAGUGGAUAUUCAAGACACGACAGUUUUCUAUGGGAAGUGUAACGACCAACGACAAUUUGGUACAGGUUUCGUGGUACAUAAGAGCUUAAUACCAGCUAUAAAGGACUUCAGAGAUGUAAACCCUAGAAUAUCAAUCCUAACUCUGAUGACACAGUCGUUUGAUAUUAAUUUCGUUAACUUACAUGCACCUACAGAAGACAAACGACAAGAGGAAAAGGACCAUUUUUACGAAGAUGUUAUGGCCACGCUAAACACAAUACCAAGGAGAAGAAUUCAAAUUGUACUUGGUGAUAUGAAUGCGAAGAUUGGGAAAGAUACCACAUUCAGACCAGUUAUAGGUAGCCAUAGCUUACAUAAUACAAGUAAUGACAACGAACUAAGACUUAUUGACAUGGCAACUGAAAGAGGUCUAUUAGUUAAAAGUACAAUGUUUCCACAUAAAAUGAUACAUAAAGGUACUUGGAGCUCAUCGGAUGGAAAGUAUAUAAACCAAAUUGAUCAUAUAUUAAUAAAUCUGAGAUUCAGCAACUGUAUUCAAGAUGUUCGGACUGUAAGAGGGGCAGAUAGUGACUCCGAUCACUUUCUUAUUAAAGGAAAAAUUAAAGUGAAACUAAAAAAUCCCGCUCAAUCUACUGGGACUAUCCUGGACAGAUAUGAUGUAUCCAAGUUAGAGUCCGAAGAGAAGAGUUGGUGUCUUAAAAACAGACUAAAGGAACAGAUGAGAACCAUUCAUUUUGAUAGUAUAGGGUCAAUUGACGAAAGAUGGAAAAAAGUGAGAGACUCAAUAAAGACAGUAUCAGAAUUAGUUUUGGGUAAACUGAAAAAAAUAAAGAAUCCAUGGUUUAAUGAAAUAUGCGAGAAAGUACUAGUUCAAAGAAAGAGUCUAAGGACCACAUGGCUUGGUGAUCCUACAAAUAAAGACAAAUAA